AUGUCAUCUGCUGGUGUUACUACUCUUAGUCCAGUGGAUCCUACUGAAUCAUUGUUGUCUCCAAAUGUGUCAUCUCAUUUUCCGUCGUCUUUGGAGGAAAACUCCAUUUUCAUAUUUCUAUCAUUUUCGGGUUCGUUGACGCCUAUUCGUGUUAUGGAGUGGGAUACUAUUGAGUCUGUGAAAUUCAAAAUUCAGAGGAGUGAGAGUCUUCCGUUUUUAACAAACAAACAGAAGUUGGUUUAUGCUGGUCGUGAGCUUGCUCGGAGUGAUACGUUGCUUAAGGACUAUGGUGUUACCGAUGGAAAUGUUUUGCAUUUGAUAAUCAAGCUUUCGGAUCUUCAGCUUAUCAAUGUGAAAACAUCUUCUGGGAAGGAGUUUACUUUUCAGGUUGAACGAGGUAGGGAUGUCAAGUACAUCAAGCGGAGGAUUGCUAAAAAGGAGAAACAAUUUGAUGAUCCUGAGGACCAGGAGCUUGUGUGUAAUGGGGAGCGGCUUGAGGAUCAGAAGAUUAUUGAUGAUAUCUGCUGUAAGCAUAAUGAUGCAGUGGUGCAUCUGUUUGUUAGGAAGAAGCACGCAAAAGUUCAUAGAAGGCCCCUUGAGUUGUCCAUUGUAGCAACAGACUUGGCUCAUAAGAAAACUAAAGUUGUUUGCGGAAAUUCUAGUGAUAGAAAAUUUGAUGUUGCUGGUGGAGAAGAUAGUCUUUCCAUUCAAGGAGUUGUGCCAAGAAAGCUUCCUGAUAGAGAUUUUCUUUUGGAGCCAAUUAUAAUCAACCCUAAAAUUGAGUUAGCUUCAGUGAUGCAGAAUAUGGUAAACACUGCAUACGAUGGACUAGCUAGUGAAAGCCAUCCAAUAGGAUCUGCAGAAGGUACCGGGGGAGCUUACUUUAUGCUUGAUUCAACUGGUCAGAAGUAUGUGUCUGUUUUUAAACCUAUUGAUGAAGAGCCGAUGGCUGUGAAUAACCCUCGAGGUCUUCCAUUAUCAUUAAAUGGCGAAGGUUUGAAAAAGGGUACAAGAGUCGGCCAGGGAGCGUUCAGAGAAGUUGCGGCUUAUGUUUUGGAUCAUCCAAUAAGUGGACGCCGCAAUUUAUUUGGUGAAGUGAAGGGUUUUGCUGGCGUACCUCCAACUUUGAUGAUGUUUGUGAAAAAUAACGGGAGCUGCGAAGAUAUCGGUCCUGGGGCUUUCCCAGUAAAUGAAGUACACAAAAUUACUGUAUUGGACAUGAGAUUGGCAAAUGCAGAUAGACAUGCUGGGAAUAUUUUGGUCAGCGCAGAGGAGCACAAUGACCAGCCUGUUCUGAUUCCAAUUGAUCAUGGAUACUGCUUGCCCACAAGUUUCGAAGAUUGUACCUUCGAAUGGCUUUACUGGCCCCAAGCCCGGAAACCAUAUUCUGCAGAAACUAUUGAGUACAUAAAGUCAUUGGAUGCUGAAGAAGAUAUUGCACUUUUGAAGUUUCAUGGAUGGGAUCUGCCAAUUGAAUGUGCCCGCACUCUUAGAAUCUCGACAAUGCUUUUGAAGAAAGGGGUUGAGAGAGGAUUGACACCUUUUGCAAUUGGAAACUUGAUGUGCAGGGAAUCAUUGAACAAAGAAUCUGUGAUAGAGGAAAUAGUUGAAGAAGCACUGGAUUCUGUUCUUCCGGGCACAAGUGAAACUACGUUGCUGGAUGCUGUUUCUCAAAUCAUGGAUCAGCGUCUUCAUAAUAUUUUCAACUCUCCUUUUUAA